CCGAGAUAAAUGUCUCGGAGCGUGAGCGCUGUGAAGAGGAGCAGAGCAGUAAAGAGCCCGGUGUGGCCGUACUCGGCCAUGACUGCAGCCUGACGGAGGAAACGGAACUAUCCGUUUCCGCUCUGAUCUUUCAAAAUAAAAGCUUCCCGAGUGACGUCAUAUUCAUCCGACACAAGGUGGUAAACAGUGUGAUGUCAUAACAGUGGGACGCAGUGCAGCGUGUGGAUGGCACCUGUAAGGUGAAAGAACAGAAACGAAAAAACAAAAAUAAAGUCCGAAUUUGAAUGAUUUGUUUCUCUUCUGGGAUCCAGGGACAGAGUACCUAACAGCUGACGUCAUACAGGACUGUGCGGGUCGCCAUGUUGAGUGCGGGUGGGUCCGUGAGGACCCUCAGGCUUCCUGUACGAGGACUCUGUUCAGCUCUGAUCCUCAGGAAGUCACCUCCAUCUGUCCUCACCUGCCCUGCUGCCCUCUACCUUCGUAGACCAGGAGGGGGCACCCAUCUGUUAGGUGUGCGGGUCUUGUCAAGUGUGAGUGGUGGCGAUGCUGCGGGUGGAUGGUACGGCAGCCUGUCGGACUCAGCACCGGUUCACCUGUGUGAACAGCUCCUGGUGAGCGUACAGCAGGUGAGUGGGUUUCCAUGGUGGCUGAGCAUCGGCGUGGCGACACUGUCAGUGAGGACGCUCAUCACCCUGCCGCUCGCUGCCUACCAGCUGGUCAUUAUCUCCAAGGUGGAGGCACUCCAGGUGGAAAUCUCCAAGCUGGCCAAGAGGCUCCAUUAUGAAGUUUCAGUUCGCACGAAAGAGAGAGGCUGGACAGAGAGACAGAGCCGGUUCCAGUUCAAGAAGAACCUGCGGCGGAUCGUUUCUCAGCUCUACGUCAGGGAUAACUGUCAUCCCUUCAAAGCCAGUCUGCUGGUCUGGGUUCAGCUGCCGCUCUGGAUCAGUCUCUCUCUGGCCCUCCGAAAUCUCAGCCUGGAUCAAUCUGACCUGCAGGGGGAGCUAGCAACAGGAGGUGCUCUGUGGUUUCCUGACCUCACCAUACCAGACUCCACCUGGAUCCUACCUGUCUGUCUGGGACUCACCAACCUGCUGAUCGUGGAGGUAUUUUCUUUGCAGAGAGUCUCAGCAUCUCAAACCCAGCGGCUGGUGCUGAACGCCAUCAGAGGAUUUUCUCUGCUUAUGAUCCCCAUCGCUGCCACGGUCCCCUCUUCAAUGGCUCUGUACUGGUUUGCUUCCAGUCUGGUGGGAUUCAGCCACAACCUCCUCCUUCGCUCUCCUUCAGUCCACCGACUCCUUCGGCUGCCGACGCCUCGCUCGGCGUCUCCGUACAGAGACCUGCUGUCCGCCUUCAUCGCCAGAUACUACAAAUGAGCGUGUCAUCAGCUGAUGCAGCUGCAAAUGUCUGCUGUGAACAAGCUGAUGACAGCAGACUGGUUCAUUCAGGAGUUUUAAUAUUUAUUGACUGACUGGAACCAUCUGAUGAUCCAACUUCCUGUGAGGACCUUUGAUGUUCCUCUUCUGAUCUUUGAUUUAAUAUUAAGAAACUGAACGCCUCCGAUCAUGUGAUCGCCUCAGACAUUUUUUGUCAGACUUGUGUUUGUCUGUUCGAUCACAAAUAAACAAAUUGACCCUCA